AUGGCCAUCAUGGUGUGGAUCACCGCCCUGAGCCUUGCAGGAGCUGCUUUCGCUGCUCGCCUUCACGAGGAUCUCACAAGUAAGGGCCGCUUGGUGGACGACUCGGUGGACUGUUCUCUUCGCGAUCCGGUUCCAUGGCCCGGCCCGUUUUCAGAAGGUGUCUUUGGAAAUCCAAAAGUCGAGUCUUGGGUGAGCCAGCCCAGAUGGAGGAUCAUGUACGUACCGGACCAUGUGAUCCAUCCGAAAGACUGCGAGCUGUAUUUCGAUUACCUCCCAGUCGUCGGGGCUUUCGUGCGCCCCGAAAUGAGGAUCCAAAAAGACACAGAGGGAAAGAUUCAUAGUUUUUGUGAAGUUGCAACGUGGAGGGGGGGACGAUGGGAUCCCCCCGCUCUUUGCAGGGUCGACGAGGGAGACACAACGUGGAAGAAGGCAGAAGAGAUAGCGGACGAACACUGUGUGUACCUUCUCUGCCACUUGUCAACGACGGGUUCGUGGAAGAAAUUGUGGUUCUUCCGUCGUCAGGCAGCUCUAAAAAGGGCUUUACAAAUGCCCUGGAAACGUGAACUGCAAAAGCAAGGGCACAAGAGCUAUGGAGUUGAAGAUGCGUACAAGAAAUGUUGGCACGGACCCGGCCUGCUCCCCGACUUUGAUGAUUUUGCGCGCCGCCACAGGCUGAUGCAGGAUGGGAAUGAGACCUAUUUUAACAAGACAGUGUGCAAAUGCCGCACCGCAAACGACUGCACUUAA